AUGGCAACAGCAACCUCACCAGAGGGAAGAAUCAGCUAUAGUGAUAAUGGAUUAUGGAAGGAUGGACAAAAGGAGCAAUUAAAAAGAGUUAUAGAUUUUUGCAAAAUCUUUGGUCCACAUAUGGGUAUUCAAAUAGCUCAUGAAGGAAAAAAAGCAUCAACUGAACCCCCAUUUCUUGGACAUAGAAACAAGGUUUACCAUUUGAUGACCCUAAAGGAUGGAAAGUUUGAAGAUAAUUAA